AUGAGGGCUGAUGGUGAAAGCUAUAGGAAUGCAACAACAAACAGUAAUGAGGCUAUGGUGUCCUUGUUGGUGGUGGUUCAUUUCCACUGGUCCAAAAUUGGCACAGGAGAUGACUAUGCUCCUCUUGCAAUGAUAAAUACUACUAACAACACCUGGGGUGGUGAAGGAGAUGGAGAGGCUCUUCCUAGGGAGGAUGGUACAAUAACUGGGAGUGAACUAAAGGGCUUUAUGGUACAUUCUGCGAGAUAUAUUUGGAAUGUCCAGUUGGCAUCUUUAAAGACGUGGAAGAAACUAACGACCAUGUGAAGAUUGAUGGGACACAUGAAAGUGAAACUGAGGAUGUAGUGGGAAUCACUGAAGAAAUAGUUUUGGAUGUGGCAUCAGAUAUGACUUAUUUGCCCCUUACUCAUCAACCACUUGAUAAGGAUGAUGAUAAUACUAGCAUCAGAGUGACUGAGCCUAUAAGGUAAAGCAUGCAUCAAAAAAGAAACUUACAAGGGCAACAAUACGUAAGCAAACAUUGAGCGGUUUCAAAAAUACGUGUCUAAUGAAGCAUCCAAAGGUUCAAUGAAACCUAUAACAAGUGGAAAGAAAGGUUUAGUAAAGAAAACAAGUCACCAAAACCUUCUACUCCUUUACCUUGUUCAGGGUUAAAGAUCUGAAAAAGAAGUCAAAGCUCAGUCUUCAUUAUUAAAGAAUUCUCUUUCCUACUGUUAAUAGAUUGUUGGAUAGCCGAAUAUUUUCCUAGUUUACACGAGAUGCUUCAAUCACAAGUCCAGCACCACCAACUCCAAGAAUCAUAGCCAAUUUCUUAAUUUUCAAUUUGAAAUUGAUCUACUGGAGUUUGUUGCUGCUGUUGAAUCCAUUUGAAAUUUGAAAUUGCUUAUAUUUCUUGAGAUCUUACUCAAUUAUCUUCUUUGAGGGUGUCAUCUAUCCUUACCUGCUUCAUGUUUAUUGAAUGCAGGACCAUCAUUCAGAUUCAUGUGAGGAAGCUAAUAAGCAAUAUUACUUAAAGCAAAGGGCAUAGGCUGAGGCUGAGGUUGAAAAAGCUUAUUCAAGCCCCCACUACCGAAUGGAAUGUGGCUAUUACGGAGGAAAUGUGAUUCCUUCAUUUUUGUUAAUUUUCAAUCCUUAUUUCAUUCCAUCAUGGAAUGGAAUGAAAAAUUGCAAUAUAACCCAUUUUUAACUAUGUAAUUUUUAGUGAUUUAGAUCUUUGUAAAAGAAAUUUCCUUCUUUUAGCUUCUCUUUUAUAAUUAGAAAACAGUUUAUAUA